AUGCUGCUGCUGAACAUACCGUUCCUCCUCUCCCUACUCCGACUCCUAUUGCUCGUCAGCGCCGUCCCGCUGCCAACAUCGUCCACCUCCCUCCACCUCGACGCUCGACAAGAGAUUGGAUUAUCAGAAUCAGAAUCCCUACUUUCCGCCCGCGAUCUGGAUAAUGUGGAGGACGAACUGGCCGAACGGAGCUUCAAGAGCUUCAUCCAUAAGGUCGAGCAUGGGCUUGGGAAGGCGGCCCAGAUCGGGAUGAGCGUCGUCAUGCGCGAUAUGGAGGACUCGGAGCUCAGCAUGCGGGAUGCUGCUUCGCCGGACGACGGGGAGGAGGGCGUAAUCCUCCGGGAGGUCAGGGAGAUGGAGGAAGACGUGGAGGAAAGGAGCUUCAAGAGUUUCUUUAAGAAGAUCGGGCAUGGGCUUGCUAAAGUCGGGAAGGGGAUUGCGAAAGUUGGGAAGGCGGUCGUUAAAGGUGUUGGAAAGGUUGCGAAGGGCGCGAUGGGGAUGGUCAUGGGCGGUGGGAUGUAG